GAAAUCUAUGUCGACUUCCAUAUUUUUUUAGCUAUAAAAGAUAAUGACUUUUCAAUAUAUAGGUUCUCGACAUGUGACAAAUUAAGAAAUCUAUGUCGACUUCCAAAUUAUAGAUUAUUGAAACUUAAAAUAUAUAAAUUGAAGAUUUAUUUUCCACUUGCUUCGUAAAGUCUAAGAAGAGCUAUUGGCACAUAUUAGGGAAUCUUCUUUUACAUGCAUGCUCCUAAAUACGUCUGAAAAGAAAUAAUUACCCUUCCUUUACAUUACUCCAGAAAUGCACAAGAAUUUUCUUUCUUAUAUGUGUUUCACACGGGAUUUCUUAUUUGCGGUUCGAAGAUAUAUGUUUUUUUUUUCUUAUAGGGAUCAUGAUUAAUUUGAUUAAAGCAAAGGAAAAGCAGAAGGAAGCUGCUGCAAAUGCAGAUAAACCACAAGCUAAGAAGCAAACUGCAACAGAAUUACGCCUUCAUAGAGAUAUUAGUGAACUAAAUCUACCCCCAACAUGUACCAUAGAGUUUCCCAACGGAAAAGAUGAUCUCAUGUACUUCGAAGUCACCAUUAUCCCCGAUGAAGGAUAUUAUAUGGGUGGAGCAUUUCCAUUUUCUUUCCAAAUUCCUCCGGUCUAUCCUCACGACCCUCCAAAGGUUAAGUGCAAGAUAAAGGUUUACCACCCGAAUAUUGAUGACGAAGGAAAUGUGUGUCUUAACAUUCUUCGAGAGGACUGGAAACCUGUGCUCAAUAUCAACGCUGUAGUCUAUGGCUUAUAUCAUUUGUUCACGGAACCAAAUCCUGAUGAUCCCCUGAAUCAUGAUGCAGCUGCUCAGCUGAGAGACAAACCACAGGACUUCGGGUCCGAUGUUAGGUUUUCAAUGGAGGGAGGAUAUGUACAUGGCACAAGCUAUUAUCGUUGCUUAUAGGUAGAGGCGGAUCGGGAUUUCAAGAAGAUGAAUAUACUAUAAAGAAGAGGUGGAUUCAGGAUUUAAAUUUAAUGGGCUCACCCUUUAAAUCGUUACUAUUAAACUCAUUGCACCUUCGAAAUUAUAGGUUCAAAAUUAUUAUUUUCUAAUUUUUUUCACAUAUAUAUAAGCAUAACUAUACGUCAUGUCAAAAAAGUUGUGAUCAGUUUAUCCCAUUGACUAUAUGCUACCCCCUCUACCGCUGCUAGUUUUAAUAUAAAUAUUUGGUAAUAAUUGUAUAAAAUUUUACAUUGAUAAAUGGAGUAGGAAUAAGAAUUUCAUUAUGUCAAACUUGG